AUGAAAGCGCAUCAGCAGCAUUCCAAGAAGCUGUCCAAGAUACUCAUAAUGCCGAGUCUUCUCGAAGACCACCACCGACAGCUCGCCGGGUUGAUUAAAGAAGCCCCGCGCAAGGAGAAGCAGAGCAGCAUUACGACCCCAGCUUCCGGGAGCACCGCGAAAACCAGCAACCUCGCUGAAAAGCGUGGCAUACCUACGGCGAGGAGGACCACGAGUGGAACGGCUGUGAACGUCGCUGGUGCAAUAGGAGGUCGCGAGGAGCAAGGGGCGACGCCAGUGCGUGAUCUACUUGCACAGCAGUCACAGAAAGCAGAGUCGGCCAAGUCCAAGGAUGCGUCGAAGCAGCAGAAGGACUCCGGAACACUUCCACCUGCUUCGCCUCCAGCUGAGGACAACUUCCGUCGCUUCUACUCGGCAUUUGGGGGCAUCAUCUCUACCAUUUCUGCCCCGCUCGCCUUCACAUCCCUUCCGCUAAAUCCUACGCCGCCCACGCCAGCCGCGGAGCCACUCAAAGAAGAGAAGCCAAAACCAAAGUCGAACACACGAUCACCGGAGGCUUCGCGCACAGUAAAGUCAUCAGUGCCUGAUCUCGCCGCCCUCAUCAGCAAGCCUGCUCUGCGCGCUCUGAGAGAAGAUGGCUCCGCUCCGAUGGGGCCGAACGAGAGCUUCUACCUCGUACCUGGCACAGCUUCCUAUGCCAGUAUCUUGCAAAACAAGAAGGAUGCACAAAAUCAGCACAUGAGUUCGAUCGAUGAGGGCUCCGGGUCCAUGAAAGGAAGUUCGCACGAAGAGUUCGUCGAUGCGCGCGAGAAUGUCGGCCCACCGUCUCCCACAAAAUCCCGGCAUACGCGGAAUAGAUCUGGAUCAGGAGUCACGCCACAACGCAGCAUCCCAGCAGGACGCGGUUCUGGCCUAAAGACCAUGGAAGAACUCGCUCUUGAAAACGAAACGCUGAAGAAUCUUGUCGAUAAGCAAGCCAAGCGCAUUCAGAUGUGGGAGCUCAACUCGCAAAACAGCUUCAACGCACUUGCACAGUCUUUCCGAACUCGCGGUCCAGGCAGUCGAGGACCAAGUGACCCAAGCGCCCUUGCUCAAGCCUUGUCUCAAGGCUCGAAUGCUGUCCCGGCGCUCCCAUCACCACCCAUAUCUUCGAGCCAACCUGCAUCCCCCGGUCCUCGGCCGGACUCCGACACGGCGCGCAGAAUCGCCGAUCUCGAGGCCCUACUCGCCAGCCAGACUGCCAAGGUCGACGACCUAAUGAGCAACAACGAGCGCCUCGUCAAACAAAACGAGAAAAACAAUCAAGUCAUUGGCAGAUAUCGUGAGCAGUGGGAGAAACUGAAAGCUGGCGCAAGGAAGAAAGAACAGGAAAGACGGGAGCGGAGGGUGGCAGAAGUCAAAGCUGGAGAAACAGCAAAGGAUAGCGAGAGUGGUGAUGCAGAUGUUGACGCUGAAGGCGACAUUGAGGUCGAAGAACCUGGCUUUGGAAAGGCGUAA